AUGUCGAGUUCAAAUCAAAAUUUUUUAGAACAUUUUAUAGCUGGUGGAUUUGGCGGUAUGUGUUGUGUUGCUACGGGUCAUCCGUUUGAUACUAUAAAAGUACGAAUACAAACAAUGCCACGACCAGCACACGGCGAACAACCGCUCUACACUGGUCCUUUGGAUUGCCUACGAAAAACGGUUCAAAAAGAAGGAUUUUUUACACUCUAUAAAGGUAUGUUAGCACCUUUAAUCGGCGUCUCUCCUUUGUUUGCUAUUUAUUUUGGAAGUUGUGCUUUGGGUAAAUGGUUGCAACAAAAAUCACCCGAUCAACAAAUGACAAAUUUGCAAAAUUUUAAUUCUGGUGCGCUAGCUGGAAUUUUCACUACUAUUAUUAUGGUACCUGGUGAACGAAUUAAGUGCCUUUUGCAAGUUCAGCAAUCAGGAAACGCUCUUAAAGAAUGUGCUACAUAUAGUGGGCCAUUGGAUGUUGUUAAAAAAUUAUAUAAACAAGGUGGUAUCACUAGUCUUUACAGGGGUACAGCGGCUACACUUCUGCGUGAUAUUCCUGCAAGUGGAAUGUAUUUAAUGACAUAUGAAUAUCUGAAAAAACUUUUUGCGGGUCCAGAAAGAACACUUUCUCCUUUGGCAACUUUAACCGCUGGUGGAUUUGCUGGCAUUGCAAAUUGGGCAGUUUGCCUACCGCCAGAUGUGUUGAAAUCUCGAUUACAAACUGCUCCCGAAGGCAAAUAUCCAGAUGGAAUUCGUGGAGUUUUUCGCGAAGUAAUGUGUGAAGAAGGACCUCGAGCUUUGUUCAAAGGUUUUACGCCUGUAAUGUUACGUGCUUUUCCAGCUAAUGCUGCAUGUUUCUUAGGCUUUGAACUUGCACUUAGCUUUUUUCGCCUUUUCCAGUAA